CGCCACCUUCGGUCGACGUUUCACAAGACCGAGGGCAGACUUUUUAUUGCUGGAUAUAUCCACGACGUGGCGAGCUGCUGUUGAGGUGAAGAGGAGUCCGCUCUUGUGAUCCUCGCCACCCAGCACGGCCGUUGGGAACAAACGGGUUAUGUAGUCCGACGGGGGGACCGCGGGAUGAAACGAAUCCCCAUCCCAUCCCGGUCUCUUGGUUUUCAAACUUCCCCUUCGGGCAAGGGGAAGACUUCCCUCGGUGCUACAUUGGGGGCUUCGGGAGGGGACCGCAUGUCCACAGGCCAGGAGACGACUCCACUGUGGCCGAGAAGAGGCCCAUUUGCCCGUCGUGUACGGGACUCGCCUUCGUUCUUUUUCUUGGGCGUUUUAGCCGUGCUGCCGGAAACAUUGCACUAUGGACUGCCAACACACAAUUGGCCUGUAUCCGCAGCUCGAUCCGUUAAUUUGCAGCAUUGCGCCUUGCCAAGUCGGCUUUUGCGAGAACGCGUAUGGGAUAUGAAUAAAGUCCUCAGCUACCGCAACCGACGCUCGCUGAGUCCUCCCCGAGCUGUACUUGUGUGUAUCAUGCACACAUCCUGCAACCCGCACCUCGUAGAUUAUUAGGAGCGGCGCACUCUCCCUACAAUACCAGCUCGAUUACAUCUAGCCGACGGCACCUUAUCGAAUCCUACCAUUCACCAUGCCAUCCGCCUUGAAGCUUGACGACACCGAGGGCCCGGAACCUCUGGCAGGCCCAGCCGCCCAGCCGGAAAAGCCGCAGCCUACCCAUCUGGAAACUGCAUCGCAUAUUCUAAGUGUCCUCUCACGAUAUAAGCUCUCCAAGAAUUUGUCGCCGCCGAAAGCAGGCGAUGGAGACUUCAGAUUCCUCACUCAGAUUCGUGAUAAGGUGGCAGCCGGAGAGCCUAUUCUUAUGUGUCUCCCGGCGUUCCCCUUCAAGUCACCGAAUACGACUGCAAAAGUUCUAGGUCGCCUCCCGGACAAGGCUGAGGAGUUUGCACUCGCCCAUCUCGAUGGCUUGUGUGCCGCCAUCGAAGAUAUCUAUCCACCCGGUGCUCGGCUGAUGAUAGUCUCUGAUGGGCUCGUGUACAAUGAUCUUCUAAGCGUCCCCGACAAGGACGUCUGGGCAUACGGCGAGGCCCUCCGAACGAUGAGGGCCAGCAAGGGCUUUCGUCACAUCGAGUUUUGCCGGCUUAAGGACAUAGUGCACGUCGAUAUACCCAACGAGUUGGACGAAAUCAAAUACGUUGCCAACGCUACAAAUUUCCGCCAUGCUCUGCUGAAGCAGUUCGGUAACCCUGACUUCAACGUCUCGUUGAGGAUCUCGGAAGACGAGGAUACGUGCCUAACGUAUAGGGGAUACAUUAAGUUCUUAGAGACCGACCUCCAAUAUGUGUACCCUAUAGGAGAGGGCCGAAGCAAAUCAAAAUACAAAAAGGGAGUAGAAUACGUCGCGAAGCAGAUGCUGAUGAGAGGCGAUGCAUUCGCUCGAGCAGUGCGGGAGCGGUUCCCCGACCGACUGAGGCUCUCGAUCCACGCGUCGACGGGAGAGAGUAAGCUCUCCAUCAGCCUUCUGCCGACCGACACAUUUUUCACGACCCCUUGGCACUGCAGCAUUGCGUUCCGCCUCGACGGCACUGUCGUGACGGGCCACCGUUCAGACUUUGAUGUUGACGGCACGUUCGAGCUCGUGCACGACGAAAACGGUCGGCCGAGCUUCUUCCGCGAGAAGAGCGACCUCCUCUCGUGGCCCAAGUCUGUAGAGGGGGAAGGGGUGGCCAUAAAAUGCGAGCCCCUGUACCCGGUCGGCUUGCUCAUCCGUCCAGCGGCGGGUCGGAAUAUGCUCUCUAUCGGCGAUAUCGAUGCGGGUAAAGUUCGCGCCCUGGCUGAGAUGAAUUCUCCCGUCGUUCUGCGAGGCUUCGCGCAGACGCGUAAUCGUGACCGGUUUGUCAAGAAAGCUAGCGAGCUUGGCAAGCCGUUGCCGUGGAAGUUCGGGCUCGUCCUCGAGGUGAAGGAUCGCGGUACGGAUUCACGCGGUUUGAAUAACGUGCUGUCGACUGAGUGGAUGCCAUUCCACUACGAUGGGCUGUUCAAGAUGGGGAAGAGGCUACGGGACGACGGGACAGAGGAAGUGGUAUCUACGCCGCCAAAAUUCCAAUUCUUCACAGCUGUGACGACGUCGCCGCCGGACACAGGCUUCACCCUCUUUUCUUCGUCGACAUUGAUCUUGAAGAAUCUGCCUCCGCAGCUCCCUCUAUCUUACCUUCGCGGUCUGACGUGGACGGUCUCAACCUCCUCCUUCGAUUGCUCUCUAAUCCAAGGCCUGCCCCUCAUCGUCGAUCACCCGGCUACCGGGCGUCCGUGCUUACGGUACCACGAGCCGUGGCCGCAGUCUAAGACACAGUUCGAGGCCACAUAUGUGGCGAUUGACAACGCAUCCAGAGCCGUCUCUCCUACGACGAGCGGAAGCGACACCGAUGUCGAGUUAGACAGUUUUGGGUCGGCUCCCUCCCUAGACGGACCAGCCAUCUGCGACACGCUGACGAGCCUGCUUCACGACCGCCGCAUCGUAUACUACCACUCCUGGGAGAAGGGCGACUUGCUUGUUAAUGAUAACACUCUCACCAUGCACACGCGGAGCGAUUUCACAGCAGGCUGCGACCGUGAGCUAUGGCGAAUACAUCUCGACUAACAGUCCCAACGCCGCGUUGGCCCCUAGAUAUUUUCACGAGUGCCCGUCUUUCCACAGUUUGUCUAAGCCCUCUCUCGUUAAGUUGCAUUGUAUCUCUGGGGAAGGCAAGCCUCUUCAUGGCUCUUGGUCCGUUGCAGCUCGAUCGUAUCUCUCUGCUUUCUCAACAACCUCCUUUCCAAUUCUAAAGCAUCUGGGAAACUGACAGAGUUAUAUUACCGCGAAGCCAUGUUUAUUUGCUAUCUACUAGUCUAUCUGAUGAUCAAUCUGCCUAGCUUCCUAACCUUCCCUCCUUCAUGUGU